AUGUAUAUAUCAACAACAAAUGGUAAGGGUGUUUGUUCAUGUUCUUGUUGUAUUGGUAUAGAUUGUACACCAACACAUGAAGGUAAUGUGGAAGUUCCAUCAUGUGAUGACUUGAUUUGUUAUGAUGCUUGUGAGAAGUCAUAUCCAUCGAAGUGUGAUUCUUCGAAGCCAGGUUUAAUUGACGCAUUUUGUGACGAAAUAAUUACAACAACUCUUACGACUUCAUCAAGUUCUACAACUACUUUUUCAACAUCAUCGUCUACUUCGACAAUUACGGAUACUACAUCUAAUACAACGGUUACAGUACCUACUACUAGUAGUCCUCAAUCUUCAUCAACAUCUACAACCACAAAUGCACCAACAAUUUCAUAUUUCUAUUCAGAUAUAAUGAUCACAUCAAUCUAUAUUACUCAUCUUGAUCUUUGA